GGUUUAGCGACAGCUCGGAUCUGGUCCAACAGUGACACCAUCACACAGGCACCAUGUCCUACACCUGCCCUGACUGCGGGAAAGGUUUUAGCAGGAGAUCAGGUUUUACCUUGCAUCAACGGAUCCAUACGGGUGAGAAACCCUUUAAAUGUUCUGAGUGUGGGAAGCGGUUUACCCAUAGUUCCAGUUUAUCACAGCAUCGCCGCAUCCACACGGGAGAGAGACCCUAUAAGUGUCUGGAGUGUGGGAAGGGGUUUACCCAGAGUUCCCAUUUAUCACGGCAUCACCGCAUGCACACGGGAGAGAGACCCUAUAAGUGUCUGGAGUGUGGGAAGGAGUUUACCCAUAGCUCUGCAUUAUCACACCAUCACCGCAUCCAUACUGGAGAGAAGUUGUAUCCCUGCACUCACUGUGGGAAAGCCUUCAACAAUAGCACCUCUUGGAUUAAUCACCAACAUGUCCACACUGAGGAAAAACCCUACACGUGUCCCCAGUGUGGAAAGGGCUUUACAACGAGGCCAAAUCUCACCCGACACCUACGGAUCCAUACGGGUGAACGUCCUUUCACCUGUCCUCAGUGUGGGAAGGGCUUCACAUCAAGCUCAAAUCUCACCCAACACCUACGGAUCCAUACGGGUGAACGUCCCUACAAGUGUCCCGACUGUGGGAAGAGCUUCUGUGAUCGCUCCAAUUUGAAAACUCAUCAACGCGUCCACAUUAAAGGACGCGAAUUAAAACAUUAA